GAUUAACAAGCUUCAGAAUGAUCUUAAUAGAAUAGUUUAGUGUAGUAGUGUUUGCAUUUUUGCACAAAACAGAGCAGGGUAACAAGCAUAUAAACUAAACUCUAGUUAGCUUGUCUAUGCUCAGUUCUGUGUGGUGUAGAUGCUUUAGUGUUUUCAAUAGCACCACUAAUCUAUUAAACCACUCUAUAGUUGAUCUUUCUGGGAAGUAGAUUGGGAUUGGGAUGCAUAUAGGUAUUGGUCUUUUGUUUUUCUUAUUCAUCUUCAGUUUGCUUCUAUCACAAUAUGGUGCUGAAGUUUAUAGCAUAACUUCUUCACAGCCAUUAGCACCGGGACAAAUUCUUGUCUCCCCUGGUCACCUUUUUGAAUUGGGCUUCUUCGAUGGUAGUAAGUACGUGGGGAUAUGGCACAAGAAUAUAUCUCCUCGUAAAGUUGUAUGGGUGGCCAACAGAGAAAAGCCUCUUACAGACACCUUGUCGAGUUUGAGAAUCGGUAGCAAUGGGAAUCUGGAGCUUGUAGCUGGUAAACAAAAUCCUGUCUGGUCAACUAAUAUUACUACUCAGGUGUCUUCAUCUAAUAGUACUUCAGCAGCUGCCCUUCUGCUAGAAAGUGGAGAAUUAGUUGUCAAAAACAGUAUGGGAGAUGUUGUAUGGCAGAGCUUUGAUUAUCCUAGUGACACAAUCCUUCCAAGCAUGUUGGUUGGAUUUGAUAGCAAAUCUGGAAAGAGAAAGUUCUUGACUUCCUGGAAAGGUGAUAAUGAUCCAUCAGCGGGGAUGUUCUUGGUUGGACUUGAAUCACAGACGCCAACACAAGUGUUUAUCUGGAUUAAUAAUGGAUCAACUCCCUAUUGGAGAAGUGGUCCAUGGGAUAGAACAAAGUUCAUUGGCCUACCAGAAAUGGAUCAUCAAUAUCAAAGUGGAUUUAAGCUUGACGAUGAUCCCAUACUGGGGACAAAGUAUUUCUCUUAUACUUUGCUUGACAAUACUAUCUCAUAUCUUGAUAUCUCUUCCAAAGGAUUAUUGAACUUUAUGCUUUCAGAAAAUGGCUCCAACUGGUAUCGUAACUGGGGGGCACCCGAUAGCCCAUGCGACAGAUAUGGAGUUUGUGGACCUUUUGGGGUUUGUACAACUUCUGAAUCUCCAAUGUGCAAGUGUUUGGAAAAGUUUGUACCCAAGUCAGAUGAGGAAUGGAGAAAACAAAACUGGACAGGAGGGUGUGUGAGGCAAACCAAAUUGUUCUGUGACAGCAACACAAAUAAGUCUGUCUCAUCCAGAGGAAGAGAUGGUUUUCAGAAGAGGGUAAGGUUGAAGGUACCAGAUUUUCACGAAUAUAUCACAUCUUUGGAAUCUGAAGACUGUAAGAUGUAUUGCCUAAAUAAUUGUCCUUGCCUGGCGUAUGCAUUUGUUAAUAAUAUAGGGUGUUUGGUCUGGUCCAAAGACCUUAUUGAUAUGCAGGAGUUUUCCUUUGGAGGAACAGACAUUUUCAUUCGCCUAGCACAUGCAGACCUAGGCGAAGGAAAGCAGAUAAAAUUAAUUGCCAGCCUUGCAGCUAUUUGUUUUAUCAGUAUAUUGGGUUCCAUUGUGUUCGGUUGGCACAGGUUGCAAAGGAACAAAAAGGGAAAAAGGCAAGUAAAAACGAAGUACUUUGGAUCGACUGGUACAACUGUGACCUCAACAGACCCUCUGCAAGAAUAUAUAAGAGAACAUGAUCCGUCGGAGCUAUUCAUCUAUGAUUUUGAUUGCAUAUUAGUUGCUACAAACACUUUCAGUAACACAAACAAACUUGGUGAAGGAGGAUUUGGCCCAGUUUAUAAGGGUAAGCUGCAAGAUGGGAAUGAAAUAGCAGUAAAAAGGUUAUCUAGUAGCUCUGGGCAAGGCAUAGAAGAGUUCAAGAAUGAGAUGCUGUUGAUCUACAAACUCCAACAUAAAAAUCUUGUUAAAAUCUUGGGUUGCUGCGUUAAAGAGGAUGAGAAGUUGCUAAUUUAUGAGUUCAUGCCAAACAAAAGCUUGGAUACUUUUCUAUUCGAUCCAACGAAAAGAUCACUGCUUGAUUGGGCCAAACGCUUCAACAUAAUUCAGGGUGUCGCUAGAGGACUUCUUUAUCUUCAUCAUGAUUCCUGUUUGAAGGUAAUACAUAGAGAUUUGAAGGUCAGUAAUAUCCUAUUGGAUGAGAAAAUGAAUCCAAAAAUUUCAGACUUUGGAUUAGCACGCAUAGUUGAAGGGGCACAGAAUCUAGUGAAUACUCGCAAGGUUGUGGGAACACUUGGCUACAUAUCUCCAGAGUAUGCCAUGGGAGGGAUAUUUUCCGAAAAAUCUGAUGUGUACAGCUUUGGGGUCUUAUUAUUAGAGAUUAUUAGCGGCAGGAAGAAUACCAGCUUCUAUUACAACGAACAACAGCUAGGAUUCCUACCUUAUGCAUGGCACUUAUGGAGCGAAGGCAGGGGAUUGGAUUUGGCAGAUGAAGCAUUGACUAGUUCAUAUUCCUAUUCAGAAUUGUUGAGAUGCCUGCAUAUUGGGCUUCUUUGUGUACAAGACAAUGCUGCAGAUAGACCAACCAUGGCAGAUGUAGUUUUCAUGCUAAUUAGUAGUGUUACCGAUGGUCCAGUACCCAAGCGGCCUAUAUUUACUUUCCAAAGCCCAGUCUGUGAUCCCCAACCACAGUAUGUAAAUGCUUUCUCUGCAAAUGAAGCUACCAUUUCAAUGAUCGAAGGACGAUAGAUGAUAGAAAAUUGGUACAUCAUAAUGCAAUGACUUUUGAUCAUUCGAAACUGUUAUUAUACAUAUUGAAUGUUUGCCUUCUGAUGUAGAAACCAAUCCUUUUUUUUUUUUCUUUCUCUUGGGACAGUUUUUGAAGGUUUCACAAAAGUAGACAAUAGCUUGGCCAAUCGUGGGAUACAUUGUUACUUAAUUUGUUAUAUAAUUAUUAGAGAUUGGAAUAAA